AUGGAUCAAUAAUAAGGAGAAAAUAAAUUAUCAAAAAAAUAAUAAAAGAAAUUAGCCAAAAAGGAAAAAUAAAAAGAGUAUUUCAAAGAAAAGAAAAUUCAAAAAAAACAAAUUAGAAAAUAAUAAAAAUAAGAAUAAAAAUCUAAUAUAGUAGUAGAUGAUGAUAAUAAAAUUCAUAAUUAAGAAAGAUAACAUAAAAAACCAAGAGAAUAGUAUUAAGAAGAAAUGAAGAAUGGAAUCAAAAUUAUUAUUGAUUUACAAUUCAUGAGUUAAAUGACUAUUCAUGAGAAAACAUCAUUAUAUAAAUAAAUAGAGCUUUGUCAUUCAAAUAAUUUUAAAUCAAAAAAACCUUUGAAUCUUAUUGUGACAUCGUUAACAGAAGAUUUUAAAUAAUUAUUAAAUAAAAGUAAUGCUUCAAAUUGGGGAAUAGAAUUAAAUGAAAAACCAUAUAUUGAUUUAUUUAAAAAAGAGGAUUUAGUUUAUCUUACAGGUGAUACAGAAGAUGUUAUAGAUGAACUUAAUUAGGAAGAAGUAUAUAUAAUUGGUGGAUUAGUUGAUCAUAAUAGAUUAAAAUUAAUAACAUAUAAUAAAGCUAUAGAACAAGGUAUAAAAACUAAGAAGUUGCCAAUAAAUUUAAAUUUAAAAACAUCUUCAAUAUUAACAGUAAAUUAGGUAUUCGAAAUAUUAUUAAGACGCAAUAAUGGAGAAGAUUGGAAUGAUUCUGUAUAAAAUACAAUACCAAAGCGAAAGCUUUUAUGA